AUGACGGACGCCAUAAUAGGGCUUCCAAUGCUCUCGUUCCUCCUCAUCCCGACCAUGUCCUCGUACUCAACCUCGCUCAACCUCCUCUUCUUCUACCUUACCUGGUCGACUCUCGUCUUGUCGCACCCUCCUCUGAAGGUAGAGAUCAUCGCCAGCCUCGCGGUCCGACUGUUGUUCUACGUCUUCCCGUCGCUAUUCUUCCUUGCCUUCGACGCAUUCGUCCCCUCGGCAGCCGAGAACUUCAAGGCCCUAGGCGACUCGGCGCUUCCGUUGAAGAACGCUUCGAGGAAACGGACAAUCGCACUGCUUCGCAUGGUGGGCUGGUCGAUCUUCAAUACGCUACUCGGCCUCACGAUCCAAGCGGGCGUGGAACUCGUCUUCACGCGUGUCCUCCUCUGGCGCUCCGCCUUGCGCGUCACCACAACGCUUCCCCUUCCAUGGGGUAUCAUCAAGGACCUUGCGAAGGGCUACCUCUUGCGCGAAAUCAUCGCGUAUACCCUCCAUCGCUAUGUCCUACACGAUUGGAACCACACAGUCUCCCUUUCGCGAAGUCACAGGGAUUGGUAUCACGCCAUCGAUGCGCCCUUCCCACUGAGCGCAACGUACGAUCAUCCGCUCGCUUACCUCGUCCGCUCCUUCUUGCCCAUGUACCUCCCCGCCUUGAUCCUCCGAUUCCACCUACUCACGUACAUCUUUUAUUUGACGCUCACGUCGCUGGAAGAAACGUUCGCAUACAGUGGGUAUUCGACCAUGCCGACGAAUUUCAUCCUGGGAGGCAUGGCGCGCAGGACGGAUAACCACGUCGUAUGUGAUGGGGAGGGCAAUUUCGGACCGUGGGGACUGUGUGACUGGAUUAUGGGCACGAGCGUGGGAGCGGAUUUGGUGGACGAUGUCGUUGCCGAGGCGGAUAAGCAUGAUGUGCAGGGAAAGGUGGAGAGGGCCAAAGGGCGGGUCAGGAGAGGAGUUUCGCAGGAAGCAAACGGGGCGAAGGAGGCUGUAAGGAGGAGAACGAGGAGAAGGGCGGAUGACUGA